UUUCUUGGGUUUCGAGGUCGAGGAAGAAGAGUAUAAAUUGGGGGUGUGCAUGCGUGCAUGGGGUCAGACUGCUGCAGAAAGCGAGCUAGUGUGGUGGCGAUGGCGUUGUCGGAGCCGGAGCUCGCGGCGGAGACGGAGGCGAUCGUGUCGGCGCUCACCCACGUCGUCGCGUACGGAGGUGGACCGCCGCUGGGGGAGGAGCAAUCAGCCGGGGUGACGAGGACGGGGACGGGGACGGUGCCGUGGCGGGUAGACGCCAGGGAGGCGGUGACGGCGCGGAGGGGGAUUGCGGCUGCGGCAGCGCCGGCGAGGAAGUACAGGGGAGUCAGGCGGCGGCCGUGGGGGAAGUGGGCGGCGGAGAUCAGGGACCCGCACAGGGCGGCGCGGGUGUGGCUUGGCACCUUCGCCACCGCCGAGGACGCGGCGCGCGCCUACGACGCCGCGGCGCUCCGGUUCCGCGGCGGCCGCGCCAAGCUCAACUUCCCCGAGGACGCCGCGGCGGCGGCCGCGCGGCGCGCCACGGACGCCGCGAUCGCGGCGGUGGCGGCGUCGUCGGCGCCCGCCGCGCUGCUGGAGUCGCAGUCGCAGCCGGGCGACGCCGCGGACUACCUCGAGUACUCCAGGAUCCUGGCUGCGCCGGAGCCGCCGCCGCCGCCGGGCUCCGUCGUCGCGGACGGGUUCCUGGGCGGCGACGGGAACGGCCGCUUCCUGCGCUCGUGGAGCAUUGGGACGUCGCCGUCGUCGUCGUGCUCGGGCGGCGGAUCGAUCGCCGCCGGUGGUGGCGCCACCCCUGGUCCUCUGUUUCUUGGCGGGAACUGGUGGGAGCAGGGCAGUGACAGUACGUAUAACGGCUUUCUAGACUGAAGGAUUCAUUAGCAACAUUUGAAGAAGGAAGCGAAGGAUUCAAGACUUAGCAUAUUCUUUUUUAGAGUAAUUCGUUUCUCCUUUCUAGGAUAUAAAUACCUAUUCUAAAUAUAAUUAUAUAGUAUGUGUAAAAGCAAAU